CAUAUGAAUUUGAUAACUUAUUUUAACUGGACCGUAGAGGUAUUUUAUUGUUGUAUUACAAACACAAAAAAUGGCGUUUUCUCAGUCUGUAGGGAUAGCACAGACUCCAACUGUGUGUCAGUUCUGCGAAGAAUCACCAGAGAUUAAGUGGAAGUGUGUUAACUGUGAACUAUUUCUAUGUAACCUGUGCUGUUCAAAGAUUCACAGUAAAAGUAAGGCAUCAAUGGAACAUGCUAUUAUAAAUCUUAAAGAGUUUGGAACGGAGAAUUUUAUUAUGUCAGUGCGUAAAGUUGACCUUGACAACAUGGAAUGCAUAAUGCAUACAAAACGAAAGUGUAUUGUCUACUGUAAAGAUUGCCAUAAGCCUGCUUGUUCCAAAUGUUUAACUGAGACUCAUAAAAUGCAUGACUAUAACGCUAUUGAUGAGGUUUAUUAUGACAUUAUUUCUAGAAUGAGGGAACUGAUACAUAAACUUGAAUCUGACCACCAGUCUCUCAGAAAUGAAAAGGACAAACUACAAAAAAUACUUUCAGAUGGUGACAAAAAUUUCCAAGAAACAAGGGAAAUAAUUCUACAAACAGAGAAAGAAAUGAAAGAGGCUAUUUCAAAAUAUGCUUAUAACCUUUUGCAAGAACUUGAAGCAAAUUGGAAACCUUUAGAAAAUAUGAUCAUAACGGAACUGUCUUCCCUGAGAACGAAUGCGGAUGUGUUGGAAACCAGGAAGAACAAUCUAAACCAAGUCCUGCUGUCUCAUCAAGUGGUAGACAUUUUUUCUACAGGCCAAACCUUAUAUGAGUCAUUGUCGAAUUAUUCAAUUAAAAAAAUUAAACCUUAUAAGGCAAAGUUUAUUCCUUGCAAUCUGCAAUUGAAAAUAGGAAGUCAGAUGCUUGGUGAUCUUUAUACAGUUCCAGAAUUUGAACUUAUAGACACUUGCCAAAGUACUAACAAAAGUGUGACAAGUAUACUAUUCUGCAGUGACAAAACUGCAUUGAUAGGAAGCUUUAACUGUGAAAUACUACAAAAAGUUAAAUUUGAAAACCAUCACAUGACAAUAAAGAAAGAAGUAAAGAUGAAAGUGUAUGAUAUGGCAAAGACAAUGGAUGGAAAAAUACUUGUAUCAGCUGAAGAAUCUGAUCUAAAAAUAUAUAUCAAAGACAGGCAACUUAUGACAUUUAUUUCUUUUGCUCCAUUAAAAACUUUAGGUCUUCAUGUUACGAAAGAAAAUAACAUAAUAGUAGGGUUGGUGGAAUAUUUAAUAUUACCUGCAUCAAAUGACAGUAUCAGAAAACUUCUUGUUAUUAACUCUGAUGGUGUUAACGUACAACAUACUAUUGAAUAUGACAGGGACAAUCAGAAAAUGUUAACUUACCCUCAUAGAAUCAAUACUUUAAAUGAUAAAAUAGUAGUUGUAGACAUUAUAAACAAAGAAUUUGAGGGUAGGGUAGUAAUGUUAGAUCGUGGGGGACAACUCCAUUGGACAUAUAAUGGUUAUAAAACUAUAAAUUCUAACCAGGUUCAAUUUUAUCCUGGAGAUGUGGCAAUAACUUCUACAAAUAUGAUUCUAGUUACUGACUGUGAGAAUCAUCGUAUACAUGUAUUAAAUUCUGCUGGGGAAGCUGUUUUAUCUAAGGAUGUGAAAAGCUUAGGAAUAGAAUUACCUUUAAGUCUUAGUAUUGACAAAAAUGAAGUUUUAUGGGUUGGAUGUAAUACAUGCACAGAAGACAAAAAUAUAACUGCAAAAAUAACUUGCGUUAAACUAACUUAACUUUGAGGUUUCGUAUCAAGAUAGAUCAAUUCAUAGUUUGGUUUGGUAUCUUGCAGUUACUUUUUCAACAGGUACACCUGGGGAGAAUGGUUCACGUUUAAUCCAUUUUAAGAGAGACAUGUUUACACUUCUUGUUACAAUUAAUGAAUGAUAAAAUGUAAGUUCCCAAAACUAAAUUAGUGCUCACUGUCACUAUUAAAUGCAUUAUUGAUUUUUCUCAACGGCGAAAGUUAAGAUUAGUUUUAUUGAGUAUUGUCAAUUAUAAAGUGACAUUUACAUAUUUUUUUUCUCAGCUUAAAAACCACGAAAAUUAAUCCCCACGAACUUACUUUCGGAUACAAAACCACGAAAUUUUAACCCCACGAAAAUUAAUGUUUAUACAGUAUAUAUGAACAUGCGUUUUUGACCGAAUAAUCAUAUCAUACACAAGACUCACAAAGUAAAUAAAAGUCAAAGUCGGAUUUAGGGGGCCGAGCCCCCCCCCCCCCCCCCCCCCGCCCUUAAUCGAGCUACAUAUAUGAUAAAUGCAUAGACUUUUUAUUUCUCCAAACGUUGGCUUUCCAGGCACCCCCUUUUUCAAAAUCCUAGAUACGCACCUGAAAGUAACUUUUGUCUAUGUGAUUUUAAAAAUAAAAAAAUUGUUAAGUGUUCCGCAGAAAAAGUGUUUGUUGCCUGCUACUGGUGUUUGUCAUUGUAAAAGUGUGAUGUUGAUGGUUAAAAAACUUAGUCCAUUUAAUUGUCAGUAAAACACAGAAAAUGAACAAGAAAAAUACCAAAGACUUGCUCCAAAUGCUAUCUCUUGAUUAUUAAGAAGCUUCUGUCCAAAAAAGAUGACUGCAAAAUAAACACCAAAACAACUUUCAUUUAUUGGCAAAAAAUUGAAAUAUGGGAUAAAAUUUCAUGACUAUGAAAAAGCUGCUGAAAUUUCAUGAUCGUUUGAAAAAUGGAAUUGAUGUUUUGAAUUUUAAACUCUAAGACUUGUUUAUGAAGAUUCACAAAUUUCAUGAGGUUUCACAAGGUAAAAAAAAACUAUACCAAAGACAGGAUUGUAGGAUUGCCAUGUCUUACAUUUGCAACUUUUAGGAAGCUAUUGAAUCAAGAGUUACAAGUGGUGAAGUUGAAAUCAUUCCUUCGAAAAUCUUACGGACGCCAUCAAGAGAUGGUUGACCGUUAUGGAAUACUGAUUCUGUUUCACAGAUGACGACGGAUAUGUUCCAAUUAAUUUUACCACAAUCCCGUCCUCUUUUCCUCGAAUGUGACCUACCGAAUUAGACAUCACUUGGUUUGUACUUACAUGAGCAAUACGGCGGGUGCCACAUGUGGGGCAGGAUGUGCUCAUCUCCUGAAGUACCUGAGAUCAACCCCGGUAUUUGACUGGGUUAGUGUUUCAAGUUCUAUGUCGUGUUUUGUGUACUGUUGUUUGUUUUUCGUGUUUUGCCUUAGCAUUGUCAGAACUGAGGUGCAUUGAAGAUAAAAAAGUUUUUUAUGCCAAAUAGCAGCAUUAAAAUGGGACAGCAACCAAACCAAACAUUUACAGUAGCUAAGAUUUAAGAUAAAGGUUUCUUAUCAUUAAUAUUUCUCAUCACUUAUAUCUAAAGUUUAAAAUCAUGUCAACCACAAUGAAUAGGUUUUUUUUACUUUGUCAAACCUCAUGAAAUUUGUGAAUCUUCAUAAACAAGUCUUAGAGUUUUUUCAUAUUAUCAAAAGGCAAUACUUGUAUUUAAAUCAUUAAAUGAUAUGAUUCCUAACUAUUUACAAGAAAACUUUCAUUUUAUUGGUAAUCAGAAUUAUAAUUUACGUUCAGGUGAUGAAAAACUAUUAAAUCUUCCGAAACCAAAAACAAACUUUUUAAAGAAAACAUUUACAUAUUCAGGUUCUCAAAAAUGGAACAGUUUACCAAAUGAAAUAAAAAUGAGUAAUACACUUGUAUCUUUUAAAACAAAAUGUUACAAAUUUUUCAUCAAUUGUGCAAAUUAAUAUGCUUUUUUAUUAUUAUCUAGAUACAAUUGUAUAUUGUGUAUAAUAUAUCAUUAUAAUACUGUAUGUACUUAUAAAUAUGUUAUUAUUAUUUUGAGGACUCUCAGGAAGAUUAGUUUUAACUAAUGGGAUUAUCCUCUUGAAAUAAAGAUUAUUUAUUUA